AUGGCAUCUAAACGCAUAGCUCAAUCUUCUGUAAACUGGGCAGCAAUUGCUGAACGAGUACCUGAAGCAGACAAAGCGUCUUACUUAGCGUUCAAAGCCAAGUCCGAUGGAUAUCUUCGCAAAAUGUUGGCUGCUCCAGCCGAACCACUGAAAAUCGAUUGGGCGGCAUAUAAAAAUAAAAUAGCUGUACCUGGAUUGGUCGACAAUUUUGAGAAAUUGUACAGUGCAAUUAAAAUUCCAUACCCUGAGGACAAGUACACUCCAGCUAUUGAUAAACACGAAAAGGAAAUUAUCAAAGGUAUUGAAGCAUUCAAAGCCGAAUCAGAAGUGAUAAUCAAAGAAGCUGAAAAGAGGAUCGCAGAAAUCAACAGUUUGCUGCCAUUCGGUCAAAUGACCUUUGAAGAUGCUGCUUAUAUUCAACCGGAAUUGACAUUGGAUUUGGAAAACAAACCAUCAUUCUGGCCGCAUCAAGAGAUUGAUUACAUUAACGACGAACCAGAAGGAGAAACUCCACAAAUUGAAGAACAGAAAAAAAUUGAUGCAGCUCAUUAA